AUGGGCCGGCGGGCUGGCUUGACCGCGGGCUCCUUCGCCUUCCGCCGGUUACUCCCUGCGUUCCAACUGCCGCGCGUUGGCUGCUCCGUCACGGUGCCGGUGCCCGUACCCGGCAUUGUCCGCUCAUUCGUCUCCGCGGUCCCUCCUGGGCCGUCGUUUUUGCCCCGUGCUUGGCCCUUGUCGGCUGCCGUCGGUGACCCGGGUGUUCCCUCGCCACUUUUGCCGGCCUCCGUGACGUUGCGGCGGUUGGUCGCCCGGGCGCCCCGUGUCCGUCUUCACGUCCACAGCGCUCCUUCUGGUCCCUUGGAUUCCCUUUUAUUGCCUAUUCGAGCAUGCCUCCUUACCUUGCGGGCUGUCCACGCGCGGGGCCAGCCGCUCGUCUCCGCCCGUCACCAUGUUGUCCCUCCGCUGUUCUUCUCCGGCCGGGCGGCCCCGCGCGUCUCGGCGCCCCCUUUGCCGCCGUGCGGCGACGCCCUUCGCGUUCGUGCUGUUCGCCUUGGGCUCGGCUGCGGCGCGCCGGCUCGCUUCGCGCCGCCGCCGGCCAGCCGCCUCCCUGGCUCUCAUGCUGGCCCUGUGUCCGGCAUCUCCUCCACCAGGCCAUUGCCGCCCGUUCGGAGGCGUGCUGCUCGUCUCCCACCCCCCCCCGGCGGCGGAGGCCCCGCGCGCGCUCCCUCACCCCCCCUUUCGUCCGGCCGAUUGCGGAGCUUCCUUCCCCCCAUUCUCCCUCCUUCCUCUCCGUCGUGUGCGCCGUCGGCGGCGCUGCCCGCCGGCUCCCGCGCCGAGGCCAGGCGCCACCAUCACCCGCUCCUGUCGGCUCCCGGCUGCCCACUUGUUCGCCCGCUUCCGCUCUUGGCUGCCCCUGCUGCGCCGCCACUUGACGGCCCACCUUGCGGCGGCUUCCCGCUCUUCUGCCCGGUGCCGGCCGGCACUCUGCCCGACGUUCCUGGCCGCCCGCCUCCCUUCCCCCAUUUCCCCGGCCCACGCCGGCCUCUCUGGUUCUCCGUCUCCCGGCGUCCCGUGUCCCCCCGCUCACCUCCCUUAGUGCCCUCCUGGCGCUUGCCCCCCUGGACCCCGCCGGCGCCGCACCCUUUCCCGCUCCCGGUUCCCCCGCCGCCGGCUGUGCACCCUGAACCGCCGCGAUCGACCGGCGCCGUCCCGGCACCCUUCUCGGCUCCGCCCGCCGCUCGUCCUUUCCCGUGGCUCCGGUCUCAAUGCCGCCGGCGCUCUUCCGCCGCCGCCGUCCCCCCGCCUGCUCCAGGCCCCGGCGCCGGCACGCCGCCGCCCGCCGCUUCUCCCGCGCCUGCUGGUACGCCGGCCCCUCCUCAUCCCAGGCGGCGGACUCUCGCGGCGACAUUCUCCGGCCGCGCUGUCGCUGCUCCGCCCGCGGCUCUCCUGCGGCGCCGUGUUCCCCGGUGCCGCUUUCUUCCCCUGGGUUUCGUCUGUG